AUGUACUCUAAGAGUGAUCCGUUUGCAAAGCUUUACUAUAGUGGCCCACAGGAAAAUUCACAAACUUUGAUAUCAACUGAUUUUUCAUGUCUCGGUUCAACUGAAACUAUUCAGAAUAAUCAUAACCCAGUAUUCAAAACCAAGUUUAGUGUUCAUUAUUACUUUGAGUGUGUGCAGAAAUUAUAUAUUGAAAUAUUUGAUGAAGAUACAGGAAAUAGUAAUAGACUUAUUGGAAAGACCAAAGAAUUUACUCUAUCACAAGCUGUUUGUGCUAGAGAUGGUAAAUUAAAAUUAGAUUUGGUUUUGAAGAGUGGAGAAGUUAAAGGUGAAGUUUUUGUUCAUGUUGAGAAGGUGGUGAGACAAUCUGAUUCGAAUGUAGAUGUUGUUGAGGCUGAAAAGAAUGCCAUGAUGAUCCGAUUUGCAAAUAUGAGCUUGGAUGAAUUGAAUGGUUUACAUUCUGAGAUACCAUUAACUGUUAACUCGGAAAUGAAAAUUAUUUCAUUCGAAUGUAGAGGAAUUGGGUUAGACAAGAAGGAUUUACUUGGAAAAUCAGAUCCAUAUUUUUAUUUUGAGAAGGAUGUGGCUGGAAGAAGAGUCCCUCUCUAUACUAGUGAAGUUAUCUGCAAGACAUUGAACCCGUCUUGGUUACCAUUCAAAAUCAAUCUUGAUGAGUUCAAUAACGAUUAUCAAAAGGAAAUAUUUGUAAAAUGCUUUGAUAAGGACAAAUUUUCUAAAGAUGAUUUGAUAGGAGAGUUCAGGUUCACUCUAGAUCAAGUAUUGAAUAACAAGGUAAAGCAAUUUGACUUGAUUGAGCCAACCAUACAACUAAAGAAGAAGAAGUACAAAAAUUCUGGAAUAUUUGAGUUUUCUUUAUGUGCUAUUGAUGUGGUACAAGUUCCAAUUCCCAAUCCUAUCCAUGAAAUAUAUGAAUCAACAAUUGCACGAAAGGAAAACAGACAAACUGAAUUUUUGGAUUAUCUGUUUGGAGGAUGUAAUAUUUCAGUAUCAGUUGGAAUUGACUUUACAGCAUCAAACGGUACUUACACUUAUCCCUAUUCCCUCCACCAUUUGAACGCCAAAAACAAGAAUGAUUAUCAACAAGCUCUUGAGCAAGUAUUGCAUAUUUUGGAGCCUUACGAUUCUGACAAGAUGUAUGGCGCUUAUGGAUACGGUGCUACUAUAGAGAAGGAAUCCAAAAUGCACCCAAUGUUUAACCUUUCACUUUCUGAUAAGGAAGAAUUGUGUGGAGCUGAAGAAAUUCUGGAUGCUUACGUUAAGGCAGUUCCAAAAUUAAGUUUUGGAGAUAUGGGCUCUGCUACCAAUCCAAAAACUGGAAAGGCAUAUCGUGGUGAUGACUUUUAUCGUGUAAUUGAACACGUUGUAGAAAAAACUCCUCCAAUAACUCAACACCAACAAUUCUACAAUAUUUUAUUGUUAAUUAUUGAUGGUGAUGCAUUUGACAUGCAAGGCACAAUAGAUUCAAUCGUUGAGGCCAAUGACAAACCAAUUUCAAUUAUCAUUGUUGGUGUUGGUGAUAGUAGAUUCCCUAGUUGUAGAAAAUUCGACGCAGAUGAUGAACCACUCGUCCACAGCAAUGGAAAGAAGAUGACCAGAGACAUUGUUCAAUUUGUGAGCUUUUCAAAAUGCUCUAAUUUAACAGAAUUGGCCUCAGAAGUCUUAGCCGAAAUACCUAAACAAAUGGUCACAUAUUUUGAAUCGAAAGGUGUUCUUCCAAAUCCAAGACCAAACACUACCCUCUAUUAA